UUCGCAGUCCAAAGCUCUUUCUCCUAAGUCUCAACACUCUCUCUACUAAUUUAAAACCACAACCAAACCUUAGGGGAAAAAAAACUUGAAAGACCCAAAACCCAAUCUAGCUCUACUCUCAACCAUGAAGAAACUCUACACCAACAAAAAAGGCAAAGUCCACCCAUCUCCGCCGCCCAUCGCCGACCACCUCUCUCUCCUUCCGGCCACAAUUCUCACUCUCACGGUGGCUCUCUCUCCCCAAGACAAAGAAGUCUUGGCCUACCUCAUCUCUUGCUCCGGAACCACCACCAACUUUUCCGGCAACCCCAAAACCCGACUUGACGGCGGAGGUAGCGGCGGCGACCACCCAACUCAGUUCAACUGCAACUGUUUCAGAUGUUAUAUGAGUUACUGGGUUCGUUGGGACGCUUCGCCGAAUCGUCAACUCAUUCAUGAGGUUUUAGAUGCUUAUGAAGACGGAUUGUUUCAGAAGAAGAAGAAGAGUUUGAAGAAGGAGAGAAGAAAGAGAGUCUGUGAGGAUGAGAAUCGUGACUCGGGCGAGUUGGGAUCGGUGGAAGUGAGUCAGAGUCGCCCGAGUCACGGUGGUGGUGAUGUGGAGGAGGAUGGGGGUGGGGAGGUGGGUUCGGAGAAAGGAUCGGUGAGGAAGCUUGUGAGCUUCAUUGGAGAAAGGAUUUGGGGUGUUUGGGGGAUAUGAAAAUGGUUUCUCGGCAAGGAAGGAAAUUUUUCCUGCGUUUUCUCAGUCAUGUUUGAUUCCCUCUUGUACGAAGAUUAUGUAUAUCCAUCCCCUUAAUGUAAGUAUAAGGUGGGUAUUUUCAGCUAUCAUGGCCACUCUUUUUUUUUUUCUUUUUUUUCUUUUUUUUUCAGAUUUCGUAUAAAAAAUCUGUCUUGAUCAUGGUAUGAGAGUUGUAUAUAUUAUCCAAUUCUGAUUAAUUACCAGAAAAAUUAGGUAUUAUGUUUUCUUUUUUCACUCCAACCUAGAAUGUAUUGAACUCAUAAUUCCUUAAAUAUUUUGCAAGUAAA